AUCUACUGCAAGAUCUGACGCGAAUUAAGCAACAUGAUGCAACCGGGAGCUGGCCUGUUAGUAAGCAUUAUUCUGCCCGCGCUACUAGGGUGUGUUCUAAGUGAGAUGCCUUCAUUGCCUGAAAAAGCUGAGAUAAUCCAUUCCGUGGCGCAUCACUUCCACUUGAACUCUGUCUUUCCUCUGGAGAUCCAAGGAGAAGGAAUAGAUUACGGUCAGUCUGUGGUAAAGAUUCGGCGAUAUUUGUCCGGCAGCCGGAUUUUCACUUUCAGUUAUCUUUAUCCGGACACGAUGGUUCGACUAGGCGUUCUUAACGUCAUGCUGUCCACAGAAAAGUCUGAAGAAUCUUUGCGUCAGGUAAAUUUCAGCGUUCCACUGUCAAAUACCGUUUGGCUAGCUUUCAUGGACAGUGAUUCUUCCGUGGAAGAGUUAUUUAUUAAUAUUGCCGUUCCUUUCGACUGUGAGUUCCUGGUGGCUCAGGAGGAAGACGGCUGCAUUAUCAUCACAGAAGUAUACCACAUUAACGCAGCACUUCCCCUGCAGACUUGUCGUAUCGGGAAUUGGAGCUCGCAUAUCGGCAUGUCCUGGUCUUCUAUGACCUUUUAUCAAAGAAGAAGAAGCCUUCAAAACACCGUGUUCAGAGCAGGCGUCUUACAGGGACCAGCAACUUCAGUUUUCAAGGGAGCAGACGGCAAGAUAAUGAAAAUAGGGAGUUAUAUUGGGCAUAUUUGGAAUAUUCUACAAGGAAUAAUGAAUUUUUCAACCAGUUACUACACAGCAGCCGACAGUGCUUUUGGUGUGGAGAUGGUGAACGGGAGAUGGAACGGGUUGCUGGGGAUGAUUGACAGAAAGGAGAUUGACGUCAUCAGUACCGACAUAUUGAUGGAUCGUAAACGACUUGGAAUUGUGAACUUUAUGAAUCCUUUGUUUGAAGUCAGGACCUACAUGUUCAUUCGUAGCCCAAAGAAGAGCGACAUGGAUUGGGAAAAUUUCCUCAAACCCUUCAGCACAGGCUUGUGGAUGGCUAUUCUUGGUGUCAUACUUGUUCUGUCAGUCUUCUAUUUUAUUGGUAUUAAAGUCUGUCGUAAAUAUAAUGAGGAGUCAGAAGGCAUCUGGACGUUCAGAUUGUACGAUUCUGUAUUUUACAUCUAUUAUAGCUUCUGUCAACAGGCACAGUCCGACCCGGUAGUUUACUCGACGUCUUGCCGUGUUCUGAGCGUGACUACGUACCUGACCGCGGUGGUGCUGCUAGUGGGGUACUCAGGCUUCCUCAUCUCGUACUUGACUUUCAGGACCACUGAGCUUCCGUUCACCUCGUUUGGACACUUUCUGCAGGCCGGAACCCACCGCCUAGGUGUGCUGUCGAACUCAACACACUACGUGCACUUCAAGGAAAGCACAAAUCCCAACAUGCAACAACUGUUUCUGCGCUACAUUUUUCCCAACAAGGCAGACCAUCCGAAGUCCUUCCUGGAGGGCUUGCAACGAGUCUGCUCUAAGGAACGCUAUUCAUUUAUGGCGCCUGUGUUCAUCGCCAAUGGUUUUCUGAAAGAACUCCCGUGCGACCUGGUUGCAAUUCCUGAGGCGUAUAUUCCUGCAACAGCGACUCUAGCCAUAGAAAAGCGAAGUCCGUUUCAAGGCCUCUUCUCGCACAAAUCUGGAGACAAGACGAGGCUCCCCUUCUACGUUGCCGCCAACCCCUUCCACUUUCACCCCCAAUCGUGUUCAAAGCCAUGUUAUCCUUGUGAAUCACCAGCUUUAAUCCAAGUCUGUAUCUACUGCCGUGCAGUCACCAGUGCCGCUGUACUAACCUCAGUCAAAUUUGAAGACAGACAAAAGCAAAAUACCUUGAAAUACAUGAUCUGGGAACUAUAAGGUUCUACCACGAGCUGGUACGUUCCAACUUCUAGGAAUUCUUCGAAGCUGUGGAAUGGCAGGUUGUACUCCCUUGUCAUGAUGUGGG